CGUAUCUUAUUUCUGCAAUUUGUCGUCGUUGUGUGCUUUUCCGGAGAUGUCUGGAUCAGAACAAGAAAGCCCUCGCAAAAGAACAAGACUUGAUUAUAGUGCCAGUACCUCUGAUGUUAACAAUGCCGCCUCAUCACCAGUAAAAUCUCCUUCAAAGAUUUCUAAAAGCAAGUCACCUAAAAAACCAAGAAAAUUUGGUGAUCUAAGCGAGGAAGAUGUGCUUGAAAAAUCGUUGCCAGAUUUGAUCAGAGAAGGUUUAGAUGUGCUUUUUAUUGGAAUCAAUCCUAGCCUUGAUGCAGCUUAUGUUGGACAUUAUUAUGCUGGAAAUUCCAAUCAUUUUUGGGCAUGUAUGAAUGAAUCACAACUUGUACCAAGUGAUCGCCCACUGUCUGAUGUCGAUGAUGAUUACUGUCUAUCCAAGGGAAUCGGCUUCAGUUGUCUUGUCAGCAAAACAACUCGAGCUGCAAUUGACCUUACAAAAGAAGAAAUGAAGAAAGGAGCCGAGCAACUCAGAGAGAAAAUCAUAAAAUACAAACCAAAGAUUGCUUGCUUUAAUGGCAAAGGAAUGUAUGAAUUGUUCUCUGGUAAGAAAUGCUCAUUAGGAGAGCAGGAAGAUCGACUGCCUGAUGCAGAAACGGUGAUCUAUGUAAUGCCAUCCACUUCAGCUCGUGCUGCUUCAUUUCCUCGAGCAUCGGAUAAAGUGAAGUUUUUUACAGAAUUAAAGCAGAUUUUGAAACGAAUGAAAGAGGGAACUUAAUUAUCAAAUUAGUGAAGUUUGCUCCUGUUCAUCAUCAAGUCUUGAGAGCAAGCAAGCAAACAUAGACAGUCCUGGCUAUGGCAUCUUCAGGGCAUUUGAUUGCAUAGAGAUGACUCACAUUUCAGGUACAGGUAUGCAGAUAAUAGAUGCAGCUGACCUGACUAUGAUAAUAUCAUACUAAACAGAUAACAUUCUGACAUUAGUAGCAGUCUAACCCUAACCCAUAACCAUGACUCUAACCCUAACUCUGACUACUUGUAAAUCUUAUGGCUCUUACUAACA